CGCUCAGGCUCAGGCAUGGCGUCCGAGGCGGCCGCGGCGCCGGCAGCGCACGUGGUGGACGAGUGCCGGGGCGUGCUGUUCGUGUACAGCGACGGCUCGGUGGUGCGGCGGGCGCAGCCGGGUUUCGCGACGCCGGUGCGGGACGACGGGUCCGUGGAGUGGAAGGACGUGGAGUUCGACGAGGCGCUCGGGCUGUACCGGCCCCGGGACCGGCGCCAGGACCGCCUGCCGGUGUUCUUCUACUUCCACGGCGGCGGCUUCUGCAUCGGGUCCCGCACCUGGCCCAACGUCCAGAACUACUGCCUCCGCCUGGCCGCCGACCUCGGCGCGCCGGACUACCACCUCGCCGUGCGCUUCUCCUCUCCCGCGGCCCUCGCGCCCGCCGUCGCCGUCCGCGGCUACGUCCAGCUCAUGCCCCCCUUCGGCGGCGUCGAGCGCACGCGGUCCGAGGCCGAGUGCCCCGACGACGCCUUCCUCAACCGGCCCCUCAACGACCGGUACUGGCGGCUCUCGCUCCCCGAGGGCGCCACGGCGGACCACCCCGUCGCCAACCCGUUCGGCCCCGCCGCGCCCGCGCUCGACGCCGUCGAGUUCGCGCCCACCGGCCUCGCCGUCGGCGGCGGCCGCGACAUCCUCCACGACCGCGCCGUCGACUACGCCAAGCGCCUCAAGGCCGCGGGGAAGCCCGUCGAGGUCCGGGACUUCGACGGCCAGCAGCACGGAUUCUUCACCAUCGACCCGUGGUCCGACGCAUCCGCCGAGCUCAUGCGCGUCAUCAAGCGCUUCGUCGACUCCGACGGACGGUUCGACUGAACCGGGUCUUGCUUCCUGCUCGGGACUGGUCCGGUUUAAUCUGUGUUUAUGCCCAAAGCGACCUAGCUGAAUAAUCCUCCGAGAUCAUGGUGGAAAAUGCACCAAUACAUAUGCUGAUCUCGGACUCGAAUUCUAGUGAUAUUGUGGGGAGAGCAAAAUGAUUGCCAACCUUAUCGCGUCUAGUCUAGUGCAAAUGUGGGUUGUGGUUGUAAGCUGAAAAUUGAAAUUAAUGUGAUUUGGCAAUCGUCAUCUCUUUGGGACGAUUUUCUUUUAUACAAUUA